GUCUCAGUGGCGCGAAUAAACAAGAAGGUUUUUCCAGCAGUUGUACAACUAGCCGUCCUCUCCUCAGACUUAUUCGUCCAAGGGGUUUUCUAAACCUUCUUUUAAAAAAUAUAGCGUAAGACUCUACACAACAUAUUUUAAAGUAAUUUUUAGGCAGCGGGCUUUUUUGUUUUACAGCACAACAAUGUCGGACGCAUUGUCGGAGGACGGCAGCGACAUCCACCAUGACGACAGCCAGGAGGACGUCAUGACUCCGGCGGAGCUGAUCGCCAGGCUGGAACAGGCCUGGCUGAACGAGAAGUUUUCUCCGGAGCUGCUGGAGAACAGGUCAGAGGUGGUGGAGUGUGUGAUGGAGCAGCUGACUCACAUGGAAGCUAACCUGCAGCGAGUGAAGAAGGGCGACGCCAAGGCCGGCUUCCAUCGGAUGGAGAUGGACAGGAUCCGCUUUGUCCUCAGCAGCUACCUGCGAUCCCGCCUUCAGAAGAUUGAGAAGUACUUCCCCCACGUCCUGGAGAGAGAAAAGUCUCUAGUGGAGGGUCAGCCGUCUCUGCUUUCUCCGGAGGAGUUUGCCUUUGCCAAAGAGUAUUAUACCAACACAGAAACCUACCUGAAGGCUGUAGCGCUGAAACGCAUGCCUCCAAACCUGCAGGCUGUGGACAUGCUGAAAGCAGUGCCGGAGCCCUGCCUGGACUCUUUUGUGUUUCUGCGGGUGAAGGAGCGGCAAGAAAACGUUCUGAUCGAGCCUGAAACAGACGAACAGAGAGACUUUGUUGUGGAUCUUGAAGAGGGCUCCCAGCACCUGAUGCGGUAUCGCAUUGUAGCGCCUCUGGUCUCAAGUGGAGCUGUGCAGUUAAUUUGAACACAUUUGGGUCUUUGUUGAUGUUUCUCUCUCUCUCGCUUCUGAAGAUUUGCUGUAUUUUCCAGCCCUGUGAAACAGCAAGGACAGCUGCAUCAACAUUUAUUACAUCAAGAGAGCUGCUCCUCAGAGAGGAGCGACUCCUGUCACACAGAUCCAGAUGUGUUUGUGCCUUGACAAACAGUGUAGAAGAAUCCCGAUUCUGCAGGGCUGUGCUGUUAUUUGUGGAUCAUUAUAAUCAUCAGAACUGAAGUGCGCUUAAGUUUUCAGAUCGUUGCCUUACGCACACCAGAAUAUGAGCUGCCAUGUUCCCAGAUUCUUUCUGCAUCACUGAAUCAGUAUGACUCAUCGUCGUUAUUGGACCUUUUCUCUGCCGCUCGAUAACAGGAUGCCUUCUAUGACCGGAAGGGGAAGUAAUUUUCAGUUCGCUUGGCACCACAGUUCCCGCCUUUCCGUUCCGUCGUCGUUUGUGUGGGAAAACGGUUGUUUUUCAAGAGGAGACGUUCGAUCGACGUGAACUCGUGCGUCUGUGUGUUCCUAAGUUAAUUGAAAUUUAGCAAAUGUCCUUACGCCGUGUGCUAACUUCAUCUUGUAAAUAUGCAUUUGUACAAUGGACGCAUUUCAUCUUCAGCCGAAUAAACAUUGUCUACUGUGA